GCUGAUACAGCCACGUGAAAAUCAAGUCUAAACCUUUGACUGAAUUUAUGAUUUUUCUAGUGAUAUCGCCGUCGUGAUGGGGAAACGGAAGGGCCAUGGGAAGCCUGGAAAACACGGCAGACAGGAGAAACGUGCAGGGAAGUUUCAGGAAGGAAACUUUGAGCGUUUCUCGGCUCAGAUGAGAGAGGCUGUCGAGGAGGCUGCAAGAGGAGACACAUGUGAAGGUGGAGAGGACCUCAGCCAAUCAGAGGGAGCAACAUCUCAGUCCCACCAAUCAGAUGACAGCAUCCCUGUUGCCAUGGCGAUGUGGGACCUGAACCACUGUGACCCCAAGAGAUGCACUGGUAGGAAGCUGGAGAGACUGGGUUAUGUCAGGACACUGAAGCUGUCUCAGAGGUUCGGAGGUCUCAUCCUCACACCUGUAGGGACCAGGUGUGUCUCACCUCAGGACAGGGAGAUCGUGCUCCACAGUGGCCUUGCUGUAGUGGACUGUUCCUGGGCUAAGUUGGAGGAGACUCCAUUUGGGAAGAUGAGGGGAGGCUACCCCCGCCUCCUGCCUUACUUGGUAGCUGCCAACCCCAUCAACUAUGGCCGGCCCUGUAAACUGUCCUGUGUGGAGGCAUUUGCGGCAACCUUCUACAUAGUUGGUUUGAAGGAGUACGCUUUCAAGUGCCUGCAGAAGUUCAAGUGGGGAAAAGGUUUUCUGGAGGUGAACAGGGAACUGUUGGACAGAUAUGCUGCCUGCAGUGACGGGGCUGCUGUAGUGGCUGCACAGCAGGAUUGGAUGGAAAAACUUCAGCAGGAAGCAGCUGACCAAUCAGAACCUGCUGAAAUGGACAUGAGUCUAGAGCACUACAAUCCCAACAGACCAGUGUACAACUUCCCAGAGUCAAGCUCAGAAGAGGAGGAAGAAGAGGAAGAAGAAGAUGGGAAUGAAGAAAAUGAAAAAGACGCACAGCCUGAUAAUGAGGAGAACAGAUGUGAAGUUGAGGAAAGUGCAACCUCAACAAGAGACGAGGACAGUAAAGAAGAUACAGAAAGUGAAAAUGAGGAAGAAGAUGUGAGAUGGAAAGGACAAAAAGGAUGGGUUAAACAUAGGAGGUGAAAACUAUGUCAACUGAAACACUACAUGUACCAUAUUGUGCAUUACAGUUAGAUAUGAUAGAAUACUGCUCUGCAAAACUUGAUAUUUUGGAUCUCAUAAAGAAUUUAAGAGAACAAAGAGGAGAGACACAUUGAUAGCAAUUUAGGGAACAGGAUUAUU